AUGGCCCUCAUUUCCGACGGCCAGCUUUUCGCACUUUUUACUGCAAAUGCCAAUUUACUCCAGACUCUGGCAGCGAAGCCGGGACACAAUUCAGUGGAAGUUACGGAGCAAUUCUACCUCAAGCACGUGGACGAUAAGGGAGAUCACUUGAUGGUGGACGAUGAGUUGAAUAUUACUGGAAUCAUAGAUUGGCAAAUGACUCGAGUCGUCCCAGUUGAUGAAGCAUUUGGGCCGUCUUUGGCGACAGCACAAAUGGCCAGCAUUUAUAAUGGCAUGUCGUCCUUGACUGUUCAUGAUCUGACAUCAGCUCGUUUCCUGAAAGCUAAGGGGGCAGCUGGUAUGGAUGAUAUCACGAAAGAAAGAUUAUGA